UGUCAAUUGCUGCCGGUUGCGUCCUUCACAUUGCGAUUACUUUCCCUUUUUACAAUCAUUUUUAUGUUAUUCGGUAUUAAAGAUUAGUGCAGAAAAUCAACUUUAGAGGAUUACAUUAGUGCGUAAUGGAUCGAUUUCGUGGAAGGACAUUUCCAGAUUCGGUUGCGGAAAAACUGGAUACUUUAGUCUCGAGUGGUCAAGUUGAUUCACAAGAACUUGACGAAGGAGCAUACGAUGCUUUGAAAGAUUUGACCGAGGACGGAGCACUAACUGUACUGGACCAAUUUUUAGGAUGCGAUUUAACUCAUAUAAACAACAAAAGUGCCUAUCUAUGUGGAAUUAUAAAGACGCAUCGUGAGAAGCCAGUGCAAGAUGGAAUGAUGAAUGUUAGCAACGAAGCGACGGCGCCGCUUGUCGAAGGUGCACCAAAUGAAGAAAAGAUAAAAGAGCUUUUAAAUCGUACCGGCUAUAGCCUUGAUAUAACUGUUGGGCAAAGAAAGUACGGUGGUCCACCGCCUGGCUGGGAUGGACCGCCACCGCCAACAGGAGCAUCGGGCUGCUGCCAAGUGUUUGUUGGUAAAAUACCACGUGACAUGUACGAAGACGAACUCGUGCCGCCUUUUGAACAGUUCGGACGAAUCUAUGACUUCCGGUUAAUGAUGGAUCCCCAUACUGGUCAGAACAAAGGAUACGCGUUUUGUACUUUUGCCGACCGCGAUGCCGCUCUGAACGCGUGUAAGAGUCUCGACAAUCAAGAGAUACGAAAGAGUCGUCGUUUGGGCGUUUGUAUCUCUAUUGCCAACGACAGACUUUUUGUCGGGUCCAUUCCAAAAACGAAGACGAAAAAUGACAUUUUGGAGGAGUUCCGUCAGCAUACCGAUAAUCUUAAAGAUGUUAUCGUUUAUAUGUCUGCCGAAGAUAAAUACAAGAAUCGAGGUUUUGCCUUCCUGGAGUACGACACGCACAAGGCUGCCGCCCAAGCAAGAAGGAGACUCAUGAGUGGACGAAUCAAAGUUUGGGGACACAUUGUGCCAACUGUGGACUGGGCCGACCCUAUUGAAGAACCGGAUUCGGAAACAAUGUCAAAGGUUCGUGUUCUUCACGUGCGAAAUGUUUCACCAAAUACGUCAGAGGAAACACUUCAAAAUAUGUUCAGCGAGUAUGGUGAAGUUGAGAAGGUUAAAAAGCUCAAGAGUUACGCAUUCAUCAAUUUUAAAGAACGAGAAUCGGCCGUGAAUGCCAUAGAAGGUUUAAAUGGAAAAAAUGUGGAUGGUUUGGCCAUAGAAGUGUCGUUAGCAAAGCCACAGGUGAACAAAGAAAAACGUCACGGACAAUCUGGUUUUGGUGCCCUGAAUGCCCCCGAUAAACAAUCAUUUGGUGGUGGUGAUAUGAGUAGAGGUCGUGGACGUGGUGGUAUGAGAGGUAGAGGUGGACCUCGUGGUCGUGGACGUGGUGGUCCUCCCAGAGGUGGUGGUGGUAACUACGGUGGCUCGUAUAAUGAAGGCUAUGGUGGAGGAUAUGGUCAGGGUUAUGGUGGCUAUGACAGUUAUGGUGGUGGAUAUGAUAGUGGAUACGGUGGCGGUUAUGGAGGUGGUUAUGGAGGUGGUUAUGAUGAUAGUUAUGGUUGGGGAUAUGGUGGUGGCUAUGACGAUGGAUAUGGAGGAUAUGGUGGUGGUUAUGAUGAUGGGUAUGGUGGAAGCUAUGGUGGUGGUUAUGGAGGAGGUGGGUAUGGUGGGGAGGUGUGGAGGUGGACCAAAUGGUGGGCACCUCGUGGUGGACAACCUGGUGGUGGACAACCUGGUGCUCGAGGUGGUCGAGGUGCGUCUGGCCCACGUGGAGGCUCCGGUGGUAGAGGGGGUCAAGGUCCUAGAGGAGGCGCUCGUGGUGGUGGUCCUGGACCAGGAGCUGUCGCACCAAAAAGGAAAUACGAAAAUGAUCCCGGUGGUGUAGGUACGGUCAGCUAUCCCGAACCAAAAAGACGCUUUAACCAACCUGGAACUCAGCCAAUCGCCCAACAACCGUUGAAACAAGAGAACCAAGGGUAUGGUGGUAAUGGUUACGACCAGAAUAAUCAAUGGUACCAAGAUUCCUCUUAUCAGCAAUGGAGCUGAGAGUUUUUUAACGCAUUUUUAUUUCUGAAAUUUUCAUAUUUCUGGCUUGAGAUUUUUUCAUUUCUGCGAGAUAUUGUUUACGAGACGCACCAUUUCAGAAUUGUGUAAAUUUCUGCGGCAACUAAGCUUACUUUAAAAAGAAGUCAUGAAGAGUUUUGUUGUUUUAACCAAGAAACAUGGUUUUCAAUGUACUUCAGGCUGGACUAAGAUCAGUAAACUAAGACAUCGUAGACGUCAGUUUGACUUUUCCAAGAAGAAAAGAAAAUAUUUCUGCACAUUGUUUGACAGACGCAUAUGAACAAAAUUGUUCUAUGAUUUUUGUGUCCAAAAACUUUCAAUUUCAUUUAUUAUCCUCUCGUGAUAAUCCUACUUUUUUUUGCUUUUUCAUUUAUAGAAAUAUAAAGAUCGUAUUUUA